AUGUUAAGCAUUUCGGCAAGUAUCGCGACGGAAUCACGUGUGCCGCCACGUCCCGCUGAUGACGCGCCUUGCUGCUGCAUGGUUGUUGAUGAUUUGCGACGUGUCAGCAUGGCGCCCGACAACGCUGCUGCCUUGCAAGCUGCAACUGUUUCAGUGAAUUCACAAGUGGCACGUACUGAAAAAUUCUCAUAUCUGGCGGAGUUAGUAAAGACUAAGGCAGACUGGGGAUAA